UAGCUAGAAAUGAAAAUAGUUAGGCGGGAAAUAUAAUUAGGUGAUGAAUCAUUAUUAAUAAUUCAAUAAAGGUGAGUAAUAUAUUAUAUCUUUGUUAAUUAAAAAUUAACAAAAGUAGUACUCUACUAUUUUUUUUUCAAAAACAUAAUCCUAUAUUACAAACGUAAAUAAAAUUUGCCUAGUUGACGAUUAAAGGGACAGAAAAUUAACAAAUUUUAUUCGCUUAUUACAUAAACUGUUUUAAAAUUAAUUAUUUCAUACUUUUUUAUUAAAAUUUAUUUUAUAAUAAUUUUAUUUAUUUUUAUAUUUUUACUGGAAAAAGGACAAUAUUAAAAAAAAUUGUGCAAUGUUUUUUCCAGCCCCUUCAACGGUUAUUAACUUGCAAUAGUACAUGAGUAUAAAAACGCUAUUAAUCAUUUUUUGUUAGAAAAAAUUCAAAACAUGAUAAAUAAGUUCAUUACUCCAUAGAAGUUUGUAAUCACUGCUGGUUUGAGAAAGAAGUUUGUAAUCACUGCUUAGUGCAUAUAUGUGGUUUGAGAAAUGAUGAUAGAUCUUCACAAUUUUGAUUGAAGAACCACCCGUUCGAUUCUAUUUAGAAUGAGCUAGAUCUAUAGGAUGAAAGUCAAGCAUAGAAUCCAUGUGUAUUCCCGUUCUUAGUCAAUAUUGAAUUAAGCAUCAUAAAACAAAGACAAAUGAAGCUUUGAUAAAAACAAAUCACCGACAAUUUUUAUCUCGUGGUGUCGAUGAAACAAGGAUAAGAUAGAGAAAAUAGAUAAAUAAUAAAAAAAAAUACUUUUGUUUCUUGGUUCGAAUAUGUUGGUACUUGGACGACUACAGCAUUUCAUAGACUUGAUAUUGGAGGAAAUAAGUGUUUGACUCUUCUAGGUUGAGCCUAAUGCCUUGGUAAAUUUAGCUUGCCACAACAUGUAUGAGCCGAAAGGUAUGUGCUUAUGCAGCGUACAUCAACUACAUGGAAACACCUCGAAUAACUUCUUAAUUUAUUUGAGUUUUAUGCUCUCGACAAGAUAUGAUUAGAAAAGAAAAGUGUAAAAAUUGAAAUCAAUUAUCUACAAAUGAAAAUGGUUAGACGGGAACUGCAAAUAGUUUGAUGGAUCAUUAUUAAAUAAUUAAUAGUGAAAAAGGAGAUUAAUUGGCCAAGCGGGGAGCAAUAGAAAAAGCAAAAGGCUUUGCCGAUUGGCAGAGAAGCGUUUCCCAAUGGCCUUAACUUUGGCGUUUUGUUGAAGAAGAAAGGCUAUUGCUAGGCUCUGUACAACAAAAUUGCCGAGUGCCCGGUGCUCACUCACGGCUUGUUUGCAGACGAUACGGUAAUUUUCGGGAAAGCAGAUUACCAGGAAGCGCAUAAUAUUAUUGGUCUUAUCGGAGAGCAUGGAGCUAUCACAGGGAAGGAGGUGAAUAUCAACAAUUCCUCAGUUUUCUUCAGUGCAAAUGUCCCCAACGAUGUCAAAGAUAAUAUCAUUGCGAGUAUCGGCUUUGCUGCUACUAAUUGUCACUCAAAGUAUCUGGGAGUUUCCACGGAAUGGGGAAACUCAAAGAAAGGAAUCUUUAGUUUUCUAAUCCAAAGAAUGGAAAAAAUGGGCGAAGCAUGGAAAAGUCUCCUCCUCUCUCAUGGUGGAAAAGAGGUCCUCCUCAAAGCGGUUAUUCAAGCAAUACCAUCCUUUAUCAUGUGCCUCUUCCAUCUUCCGAAGACCCUCACUAAAAGAAUGAACUCCCUCCUUAGUAACUUCUUUUGGUCAGGGUCUAUGCAGAAAAAUAGUCUCCAUUGGUGUAGGAAGGAGAUUCUGUGUAUGCCUAAGUCAGAGGGAGGCUUGGGAUUCAGGAGUUUCAACGAGUUUACCUUGCUCUGCUGGCUAAGCAAGCGUGGCGCCUUCUCACGUCCCCUGAUUCCCUUUGGAGCCAUCUCUUAAAAGGAUUUUACUUCCCAAGAGACGAUUUUCUUAAUGCAAAAAAGGGAAGCAAAGCAUCUUGGAUUUGGGCCAGUCUCUGGGAGGCAAGAAAGGUGAUAUGUAUGGGAGCAGUUAGAGUGAUCGGCUCAGGUGAAGACACGUGGAUCGAUCAAGACCCUUGGAUCCCCUACUUGGAUAAUUUUGCACUCAAAAGCUGCCCCCAAAAUCAUCAAAAGGUUAGGGAUUGGAUUGAUCCAGGAGAUAAAAAAUGGAAGCAUGAUGCCAUCCACGGUCAUGUUUCUUGCUCGGAACUGGAAGCAAUUUUGAGGAUUCCUAUUAGGGAGGAAGGAGCGGACGAUUUUUGGGCAUGGAAUUUCACUGAAGAAGGAAGAUUCACGGUGAAGUCUGCUUACCAUAAGAUUCACAGAGCUAACACCAAUCCUCAACCAAGCGGGAAUGAUUAAAGAUGGAAAUGGAUCUGGAGCCUUCACCUCCCCCCGAAACUGAAAUUCUUUAUUUGGAGGUGCUCUAGGAAUGAGUUAGCAACGAAAGAGAGACUUCUCCAGCGGAAAUGUGCUCCUAAUUCGACCUGUCAAGUGUGCCAGAACCCUAUUGAGUCCAUCAGUCAUUGCCUGUUCCAUUGCCCUCAUGCCAAUGUAGCAUGGAAUGCUAUCUUCCCAUCUCUCCCGCUACCUCCUCAGGGAACCCUUUCCUUGAUUGGUUCUACUCUCUCAAAGAUGUUGUUCAUCAUAGCUCUAUGAUCCAUGUUGUGUUCCUUUGUUGGAAUAUAUGGAAGGCUAGGAACAAAUGCUCCUUCAAGAACAGAUUACCAUGGCCUCCGAACGUGUGCCAACAAACGUAUAAAGAGCUUAAUGAAUGGAUUUCUUGUCCAAGGUCCCCACCUCCCAUGCCUUACCUUCCCUCUCAGCUUAAGGGAACCUAGUCUCAUACGAAUCCACUGCCAAAUAAUCAUUCUUUGGUGAUUCACUGUGAUGGGUCGUUCAUUAACGACUCCCAGCCGGCGGCUUAUGGUGUUGUGGUUGUUAACCACCAUGGACAAGUAUGUGAUGGACGAGCUGAGGAUCUUCUUUGUUCCACCCUGAUUGAAGCAGAAACUAAGGCCCUUCUGGAAGGAGUGAAAUUAGCUCAAGAAUAUGGUUCAGAUUGUACUGUUCAAUCAGACUGUCAGGUUCUGGUUAAAGCGUUGAAUCAAGAUCAUUCUCGAUGGUCGUGGAGGUGUGCAGCGUGGAUUGGUUCGAUUGUCUCUAUCCUUAGAACAAACCCUCUCAUUUGAAUCAAGGAGGUGUCCAGGGCACUCAACGUCAGAGCUGAUUGGGUUGCACGAUCAAAAGCGAGAGCAUCGUUACCUGAUGAUUGGAUCAAUAUUCUUGACCUCAUUUCUGAUCUUCUUUAGAUUUAAACCGGGUUUCCUGUUUCUUUCGAUUGGUGGAAUAAAAGUUGGUUAUUAUUGUCCUAAAAAAAGGUGAAUCAAUCUCGUUCCCGACUAUCCGCCGUAAUUUUCAUUAGGGUAAAUAAAGUAAAAAGUUCAUGUCAGGACAAACAAAAGAAAGGUUGGCGUCAUGAUGUGUUGGAUGUUAUAAUCUCCUGACUCCUAUUGGUGUUGGAACAGUUUUCACGCAAUUUAAAUUCGUCCAUUGGAGUAUUACAUGACUUGAUUUGUAUUGGGCUGGGUAAUACUCGAUUAGUAGUGGGUUGGGUAAUAUAGGUACUACUUUCAAUCUAAUGUCCUAUUUAUUAUUCGUUCAACGUCAAUUUAACUAAAUAUUUAUUCUAUUUUGACAUCUCUAAGUUCCUAACUCAUGUUUUCACCCAAUUAUACUUUAGAUAUGCGCAAGACUUUAACUUUCAACUAAUUGUACUCUAUUAGUCUACCUAUUACAUUUUUCAGCAUUCUAGUCAAAUUCUUGAACGGGAGGUGUAGUUAAUAUUUGUUUUCGUAGCAUACUAUUAUACUAAACUUUAGCGUUAAAUCAAUGUAUUCUGUAUGGGAGAAAAAAAUCUAUUUUUUUUUGUUUCUCCCAAAUAACUCAGGACAUAUUGAUUUUUUAUAUUUGAACCUUUCUAAUUGAGAUAUCUAAACCUUGAAUCGUGAUAAGUUGAGUUCUAACGAUUGUUUUCAGAAUAUAUAUGUCAAUUUUAAAAAAUAAAAUAAAAGAACGUGUGAUGUUAGGAUGAAUUUACUCUUAAUAUAUUGGCCUACACCAGUCUAAAUUCACCAUUCAAGGGUUCGAAUGUUUGAUAUCUAAAGCUUGAAUAGUGACAAACUGAGUUAGGAGUAUGAUACUAUACCCUAAUCUCAAAGAUCUGAGUUCCACCCAAAGGGUCUGAUGACAUGACAAAAGAAUUCACGUCAUUUGACAUCACCGAUCAAUAGGGUAAUUAGCAUAAAUGGUCACAAACCUUUGCAUUUAGUACAAAACAGUCACAAACCUUUAAUUUGUAACCAUUUGAUAACAAAUCUUUUUACUUAGAACAAAACGGUCACAAAUUAAACAGUGUGACCAUUUCAUACCAGUUCAAACUUUUGUUACCGUGUCGUUGCAAAUUAGACUUUUGGUGACCGUUUUGUACAAAUUAAGUUCAAAAGUUUGAAUGCUCAAACACCGUUACAAUUCACUAUAGUUGUAUGGUGAUUUUGUUAAUGUAAGUGAAUGAUAUGAUCGUCAUAAAGGAUGACAAUGAGAGAAUUCAAUGGCUCACAAACGGGUUCCAGACUGCUUUUUAGUUGAAAAAACUAUGUCACUUUCUUACUUUCUUGGUUUCGAAAUUGAAAGGUCAACUUAGGGCAUUCUUAUUCGGCAAAGCAAAUAUGUCGAUGAACACAUGACCUGACAUCUUAUAUGUCGUUCAAGUGGUUAGUGUCAUAUAAUUAACGAACAAACUACUCGAGACCUCAAAACAUGACAAACAUUUAAUUUGUAACAAUUCGGUAACAAACCUUUGUACUUAAAACAAAACGGUCAUAAAUUAAAUAGCGGUGACCAUUUUAUACAAUUUCAAAGUUUUGUUACCGUAUUGUUACAAAUUAAAGGUUUGUGACCAUUUUGUACUAAGUGCAAAGGUUUGUUACCAUUUAUGCUAAUUACCCCCGAUCAAUACAUUGACCGUUUACCACUUAUACAAUAAAAAACAAUAAAAACUAAACCUUGAAACACAACGAUCAUUUUUUCGACGACACACGAUUGACACAAAGUCUUAACUAUAUAUAUUUUUUUCUUGAUAUUAGGCCUAGUAUAUUUGGUGAGUUUCAUCCAUUCGUCCCCACCCUUUCAUUAUCUUUCUUGUUCCCAAGAUUUUCCUUUCCUGCUAAGUGUGCAGAAAUGCGGAUAAUGUUGUACCAUAGGACAUUAUAGUGUAUAGUUUAGUUGUAGACCCAUAAGGCCAUAACUUGGUUGGUGUUUGUGCUCCCAAAAAAUGCCAAAAACCCUACCACCAAACAGCAACACCCUCAUCAUCUCCCCCACUGUGCUUCCCUUCCUGGGAGCAACACUGCCCUCUCCGACUCCCAACUUUGCCUUUGUUUUUUUCUCCCUUGGAGUUUGAUCACUCCAUAAUACAGAUUGUAUUAACCCCUAAAAACACCAAACAACAAAACACACAAUACCCCCAAUAACAAAACUUCAAAAAACAGAACUUGGAGGGUGAGUGUUGCAGAGACACACUCUCCCUACAGACAGUGUGGCUGCAACGACAAAAAACCAUCCAGUCAUUACCUAAAAUGGAAAAACUUACUAUAAUUAUAUUAAAAAAAUAUUAUUUUCAUUGACAUUCUGGCUUAGGCAUUUUUGGGUUAUUAUAUAUAUGGUGUCCCGAAUUCUUUGACCAUCUUUCAUCCACUCAAUUAAAGUGUCCUCAGUUACUUAAAAGUUAAAAGUGCAUAUUAUUCAUUGAUAAAUAAAUUGGAAUACCAGCACAAUUCACAAGCUGGCGAGAGUAGUGGAGUGCCAUCUCUCCUCCUAAUGUGAGUCAAAAGAAGCAUUUUUGUUAAAGGACAAUGAGCGCCAUCUUUGGGUUGGUAUUGAUUAAGUCUGUUUUUAAAUGUUUGGUCGAGAAAAUGAGUUUUGAGUCAUUUAAAUGAUUUUAGGUGAAAGAAUAGAGGUGUAAUUAAGGGAGAUUGCGCUAGAUGGACCGACCUUCUUGGUAGUGGGGAUGGGUCCAUAUUUUUUGGCAUUGACCUUUGGUUGGGCUAAGAUGGGAGAAAAAGCAUGCACAUUAUCGAGUUUAUUCGGUUAAUUUGAACAUAGAUGAUGAUGACUUGUUGGGCGCCAAAGAUUUAAGAGCGCUCUCUUUAUUAGAUCCCUGACAUAUAGGGAAGGAAAGGAAGCAGACUGUUAUUUAUCUUGACGGUUCGAUCAAAUUCUAGUGGCGGACCAAAAGAUAUAAAGAACCCCAGACGUGAAGGGCAAUUAGAGAUGAGUUUAAGCGUUGGGAUCUUUAACUUGAUGAGUUCGGAUUCAGAUUUAGAAGUCUUCAAUGUGUUCUAAUUAUCCUUAUGUUUAGGGGAUGGACAAAACCAAAACAUACAGGUGGGUAAGUUUAAAUUUUGUUGGCGUUGUGUUUGUUCGUUUUUCAGGGUGUUUGUGUUAUGUGUGUUAAUUUGCUUUUCCACUUUCCACCCCCUUCUUUCAUGGUUUAUUAAUAUUGUUGCUUUCUUUUUGCUUCUUUGUAAUUUUCAAUGAUUGUCUUGGUGAUAGAUUUUUUUGGCAAAAAUAGGCUGUGCAUACAAUCUGUUGUCCUCCAAAUUUUGUUUCAUCGUUUUUGGAAAGCUUGAAAUACAUGUCAAGAUGAUUUUCAAUAAGGAGUAACUAUUGACGUGACUUGAAUCGAACUAUCAGCCACUACGACUGGUAGUCGGGGGUCUCGCUGUUCUGGACUCAAUGUUAUUUGGAUUUGGGUUCUGGGCCUGGUCUGUAACUGUUUCCCUUGCCAUAUUGGAUUAGGUUUAGACCCACAUGGAGAAGUAUAAAUACUUCUCAUCUCCUCUGUAAUCUUCUCGAUAUAGUGAAACUGACUCUCUCUCGCCCGUGGACUAACUAACACACAUCGUGUUAGUGAACCACGUAAAUCGUGUGUCGUGUUUUCGAUUCUCGCUUUCAUAUUCUCGCUUUGUCGAUUCUAGCGAUUUCCCAAUCCGUAGCAGCGAGUUUAUAACAGUAACAAUUGUGUGAGUACAAUUUUUUUCCGUUGAAUGAGGAUGAUAUUUUUGGUUUAUAGGUGUUUUAAUAGCUUUUUUCAAAAAAUUUAUCAACAUUUCAUCUCGUCGAUUAUGGAAAAGAAAAUAUGAUACGAUAUUUGAGAUAUUGCAAUGGUCCUUGAAACCCACAAUCUAUUUCUCAAGACUUCGGAAAAAAAAUCAAGAAAAAGCUGGAAGGAAAUUGACCAAAACAUCAAUCCUCUUGCAUAACAUUUCGAUACCCUAAAUUUCAGUUUGAAACAAAUAAGUCUUGGGAAUCUGGCAACAAUGUACAUUUACAUUUUUAAGGGGUUUUCUUCUGAUUGGGUUUGGGAUCCAAAUCUUAGACUUCACAUAUUUUUCAAAAUAUAAUCUUUGGUAUGGUGAAAUAGCGGGUAUCAAAUUUAUGGGGGCUAAGUAUAGAGAUCAAACUGGCAGAGUGACAACCCGAUGAGGAAGUAACAAGCCUCGCUGGGUACUAAAUUGUCAGGAUCCAUCCCUAUAUUCUCAAGACUAAGUAUGAAAUCUUGGGGUUGGGACUGGUCGGCCAGGAUGUCGAGCUAAGAGUGUGUCAAUUUGAAGAGGACUUGGUGUAGAGUCCCUCAGGGAGUCAUAUGGAGACUAAUUCGUAAGACGGGCUUGGUGGCCCCCUAACGGGGGUAUCAAUACGGCAGAGUGCAAGGUAUAUACCAACUUGAUGAGAUUCUAACAACCAAGUAUGGAGACCAAGCUACCAUGGAUGGUUUGGUAGCAUGGUGUAUCACUUCGGAGAGACAAUAUGAUGAAACCAAGCUCUCCAAGACUAACAUUUGACACCACAUGUGAGUAGAAUAACGUAGCUUUUAGUUUCUAGAGCUCUCACUGAACCUCCAUAAGAGUAGAAUAACAUACCUUGUUCCAAAAAAACUAUCAAAAACAUCAAACACCCUCGUUCGAACAUUGUUUGGAGAGCUGUGAACCGUGUUAUUGUCGUUGUUCAAAAAGUCAAGGUGCAUUGACUAAAAUCAAACACUAGAAGUUUCCUCGUCGGAAAACAUUAGUGUAAUGAAUUAAUCUUAUGGCAAUCAAAUAACAAGAAUUAAGUUUUAUUGAAGUGGUAACAUAUCCUUAUGCUACCUCAAAGUGGUGAUCAGUUUGAUCUCUUGCAUAACCAUACAUAAUGAUUUAUUAUUUUUUACCAAAAUUUACAUGUGUCUCGUGACAGAACUAGUACCUCUUGCCCGAACAUGCUAAAUGUGAUAUAAGGAACCCUAACCAAGUUAUGGGUUGAGGUGAUACAACUCCCGCCCAAUGUAGGGUUGGGAAACGAUGCAGACUAGUCCAGAUCAGAGCAUAUAUACGAUCUAUGAUCCAGACCAAGAUGCUAGAGUAUAGAUCAGAGACCAGACCACAUAAUAUAUGCUGUGGUCCAGACCACGCCUGUGCGGUUUGGUCAGGUACGGUCCUGAUAGACCACAAUGAACGAAAAAUAAAUAAUUUGUUUAGUCAACUACAAAAAAAUUGAAUCAAUUACCGGGAAAAAUUAUUUUUUUGCCUUAAAACAUAAAUUACAACUUGCAUGAAGAAUUUUGACACCCUAAAGCUCAGUAAACAACAAAAAUACAAAGUCUAAACAUCCCAACUUGCUCCAUAACGUUAUAAACAUUAACAUAAUGUCAUAUGGAGACACGAUUGUCGAUAUUCUUUGGUGAAAUGUGGUUUUGAAUGAAAAAGGGGACGAGUUUCUCAAAAGUAGGGUUGAGACUUGAGUCUCGUUGGGAGAAUGGGGAGAGUGGUCGAGUGGGGUGCUAACACGUAUUGGGAAGUCGAGUGGGUCCACGGUUUGGUGCGGUAAACCGAGGUCUAGACCAAACCAGAUCAAGAGAUCAAAACAUCAUAUAAUACAGCCUAUGGAGUAGACCAAACCAUUCUUACCGGUUUACGAUUCAGACCAAACUGUGCGAUACGGUUUGGUCCAUAGUUUUUCAAACAGUCUGGUCUAUUUUCCCAGCUCUAGCCCGAUUAUGUGAACCCUGGAUGGGUGGAUGAGUGUGCCGACAUGAAUAAAUGAAUAGUUAUUCUUCUAGAAGCUCCAACUUCAUAGCUUACUAUCACGAAUUAAGUUUAAAGGCGGGAAGGACAGGUUUGUUGAGGAGAGAUAUAAUGCAUAUCUAGUAACCAAGGUCUCUCGAUAAAGAAAAGAAACGAUAAUAAGGAAUUAAAUAUGUGGUUUAUAAACACAAUUGCCAUACCUAUCUUUCAUUGUGAUGAGAUAAACAUAUUUUUAUAUAGCUUAAUUUUGAUAUUUAGGUGAUAAGGAAAGAAUUCGAACAUAGAGUAUUAAGUUCAAAAUUAGUGGCAUUACUAUAAGGCUAUAUAACAUAUUUUAUUAAUUAUGAAGAUAUUGCAGAUUAUGAAACUAUACUUUAAAGUCUAUGUUUGACCCAAUUUUAAAAAAUAUUUUUUAUUUGAAAAGUUAAAGUCGGACCAAAUACGUAUGUAAGCUCAGUAUUUGGGUGAAAAAGCAAAAAUACAUUUUAUAACUUAAAAACAGAAGUUACAAUUCGGUGCUUCUUCGAGAAUUUUUUCCGAAAUUACAAGAUUAUCCGUACUAUUUUUUGAAAUAAUUUUAGAGAUAUCAUUUUCUUUCAUUUAUAACAUUUUAAAACUAAAACAAAUCAGCACUAUUCAAUAUACAAUAAAUAUAACAAGAUCCAUUUUUAAUUUAUUAUUCAUAUUUAUAUUACAAAUAUGUUUAAUAAUUGUACAUUAUCUCUCAUAUUGAAAAAUUAUUUCUAAUAGUCUAUCAACUAUUUUAUAAUUACGUCUUUAAAAAUUUCAAAGUAGAAGCUACCUUCGCAAAAAGUACAACUGAGCUAAACUAGUCUAAAAUCAAUUAGUCGUAGUACAGAACAAAUCAGUGCUCUAAAGAUAUAAAGAUAUAGAAAACUUCUUCUAACCCUAAAUACAAUAUGCCAUAAUAAAACGCGAUUAGACCAACACAAUAUAUUGUCAAACGAAAAAAACAGAUGCUCAAUAAUAGAUUCAAAGACAACCAAAGAACAUGGUCGAACAGCAACCAACUGAAAUCAAGAUCACCAUAUCCGAAUUCCAUCAUUUAUUGGUCGACGGGGGGAAGUGGACUCUUGAUCAGCUAGCAAAAGCACUUGGGUUUGAAACUUUAGCUGGCCGGUUGAACUCGAUGAUAACACUGUUCUAACUAUAGUUGUGUUCGUACUGAGAUCUAGGGCCUUCCUUUCGAUUGAUUUUCCGACCGACUUGACGCUUAUAGCUAGUUGCAUGAGAAGCACUAACGAAAAAUCCCCUCCCAAUUAUACAACUCUGUUGUGGGUGCAUGAGAUGAGACGUGCAAUGAGUGCAUUAGCUUAGUGCAUUACAAUAAGUAGAUGAUGUUUGCUUAAUAUAUAGUCGUCGGUUGUACAUGUCUCUACCUACAGCAAUUUUUAAUAUGAAACUUCUUUCCUAUAAAAAAAAGAUUCAAAUUGUCAAACAGAGAAAUGAUUUCUAAGUAUUUGGGAGUUCUGUACUUUUCCAAUAAUCAUAUCGUAGAAGUUGACAUCAUCGUUUGAUGGGAAAAAUGAAUGGCCCAACUGGAUGCUUUGCUUUGACAUCCACUAUCAAAGUCAACCCCUGCAAAACCAGUAAUUACCGUGAAGAUCAGGGGGUUGAAGAUAAUAGUUGAUGAUGAUUUGUGUAAUACUGACUAGAGAUUCACACAUAAGUUUGUUAGGAGUCUAUGUAGCAUUUUGUAAUUUACCAGUCAUUAGCGUUAGUGGCGGACCCAGGAUUUUAGCAUAGGUGUGUCGGCUAAUAAAAAUAAUUAAUUAAUAAAAAUAAUUUAAAAUAAACAUAAAACUUUUAUUCAUAAAGUUCACCAAUUUCAUUAUUUUUUACAGUGAACCACGACGAGUUUUCAUAUUCUAACAAAUUUCGUAAUUACAUUUGUCCAUUAGGUUGCAAUCAAAUCUUUUUUAUGUACAUGAUUAAACAAUUAUUCAUAAGCUAGUCACUCACCUUAUACCAAAGAUUGUUCUCGAUUAAACUCAUAUAUGGAAAAUGUCAUUUUGUAGCCUGCAGUUGCAAGAGGUAAAGUCAACACUAAUUUAAGAUGGGAAAGCUAGUAUGAGUAUUUGGAAGGGUGGCCACAAGCGUCAAUAUGGAAGUUUGAAUGAGGAUGUCGCCGGCUCGACGCCGAUAAAGGGAGUGUGGCGACAAAUGUCAACGUGGAAAGAAAUAACUAAACUAGAAAGCAAGUUGAAAAUUAACUUAAAAGAAAAAUCUAUGGAAGAAACUACAGGGAAAUACAGUCUAGAAGACUAUCUAGUUACUUGACUUUCCAGUAACUCUUAUAUAUACAUAUUUUAAUAAAAUUAUGACAACAAAAUUUUUGUUAUGUAAUAAGAUGUGUUGGUUACAAUUAUUAUAGGUGUGUCGGAGAUCCCGUGUUUUUUUUUACACCAAAAUAAUAUAGGUUCUUCACAAAAAUUUCGAACCAAGGUGUGUCGGUUGACAGACACACCUUGCUUAAAGGUGGGUCCGCCCUUGAUUAGCGUAAUUACAUUAACGGUUCUAGUAGGGUUAUGCAGCUUAGUAUAUAUAUGUUGAUAGCCGUUUAUGAUGUAAGGUUUAGGGAUUCUAAGUGCUAAUACAAUCGACUCUGACAGGUUGACCUUCUCCGUGGAUUAGUCUCCACAAUACUCAUUGAGGAUACCACGUAAAUCUUGCGUGGUUCCUGUUUUCAGAUUCUUGUUUAACAUGGUAUCAGAGCCUUAGGAUUAAUCUCGUGGCUUUCAGAGCUUUGGUUUUUGUUUGGUGUGCCGCCUUCUGUUUCCUCGGCUUCAGGUUCAGUGCCUUUGGUUUUUGGUCUUUGGCUUCGUGCGCUUGCGUGGUAUCUACGGCAGCUUCAGUCUUCCUUCGGACUCUUUUGCGCUUUCUGGUCCGUGGGGCUUUUUGUUCGGCAAUCAGGUUUUCAUAAAUCAACACCCAUUUUUCAGCUUUCGGGAAUCAGGUUUCUUUCUUUUAAUCCUGGCUUGUCUUGGGAUCUCGGAGCUCUAUUUAAGCUCUUAGCAAUCGUGUCCCCUUUUUCUCAUUUGCUUGUGCUAGAUUUUGGUGUUUUUGUUCAAACCCGUCGCUUGCUCCCUAUCAGACCACCCACAGCGUGGAUUGGUUUUGUGGGAAAAAGGAGAAAUGUGACCACAAUGUGGGGGAAUAGGAAAUUAAAUGGGUUUUGUGGGUGGGAAAACCCACCAGAUGAGACAAAUGGUGGGGGGAAGUGGCGGAUGGGAAAGGACAGCCCUUUCUUUUUAUUUUUUAUUUUUUUUUGUCAUGAGAAUAGGGAAUUAAAUGGGUUUUGUGGGUUUAGUGGGUUCUGUGAAACAUGUCAUGAGUCAUGGUCAUCUCGUAUUAUUGUGAUUUUGUCAUUGCUGAUGUCAUACUUAAUUAGUGAUGAAAAAAAUAUUUCCAAAUUAAAUAAAAAAUUAUAUCAAAAUGUUCGUAUUAAUUAAUUAUCACUAAGUACGUAAUAAUAAUGAUCAUUAUAUGAAAAUAAAGUGAAAAAAUCAACUAUAGAUUGAUUUUAACAAAAAAGUACUAAACUGAUUACCCACUUUUCCCACCACCACACUGUGACCAAACCAACCAAUUUUUCCACUUUUCCCUCUUUUCCCACAUUUCCCCCCACCCACGUUGUGGAUGGUCUCACAGCCUCUCGGAAGUUUGAGUUGGAGCUUGAUAUGACUAAAUUGGGAACGGUUACGGUGCUAAUUGUACAAUAGUUAGCACCGUCCUAACCAAGGGAAAAACUACUACUAGUUUGAAUUAGUAGUGAUUUAGCUUAGAUGUUGUAUUGAUUUUAUAAUAAUCCGUAGUGAUUUUUGCUAAUUAUCACGGUGCUAACCCCUAUAAGGGUUAGCACCUAAUCCCAUCCCGACUAAAUUGCAUCAAGGGGAUAUGUAUAUUCAAGCUUAUUAUCAAUCUGUUGUGACCAUGUGGACGGAGCAUGACAUGCUGACUUCUUCAUUGGUCUCCUCUACGGCGUCUCUUGACGUCAUGUGUGAGCAUUUGAGUUCUCGUCUUACGCAUUUUUUAUUUAUGAAACUACAGGGGGAGUUUGAAGGCAUUCGUUCCUCUCUUAUGGAUUGUAAUUUCACAAAAAUGGAGGAUGUCUUAGGGGAGCUCAUUUGGAAAGAAACUCGCUUGCGGAGUCAAGAUAAACUCGAUAUUCAUGGUUUGGAUUAGAGAAUUGGGGACUGGAGUUCACCCAUUAGAGCUUAGGGUAUAGUAUCAUACCCCAUACUUCGGUUAAUUCAUGGUCUAACUAACAAAACUUGACAGGCGUACGGUAAGGUAAGCGUACGCCAGGCGUACGCUAGACUGAACCUAUAUAUAGGGAGUUAUACGGUACCCAGGGUGAAAUCCGGGGUACCGCAUACCUUGAGUAAGAAAAUGCUAUCCAGAACUUGAAUUGACUGAUCUUUCGGACAUGAUACUAUACUCUAACUCUUAAAGAUCAACAUCUAGGUCUUAAUUUUCUAAAUCUUAUACCCCAAGAUCAAUUUAAUUAGAAACAAUAAUCGACGGUUAUGAUUCGUCCAAAUAUAGGCAAAAAAAGCAAUGCACCAUCUUAGGGUUUAUAGUUUAUGAUUUGGAUAAUUAGGACCUAAGGUUCACUCAUUAAGGGUUAGGGUAUAGUAUCAUGCCCAAAAAUCCUGCUAAUUCGAGGUCUAGAUAUUGUUUUCAUACUCAAGGUAUGCGGUACCCCGGAUUUCACCCGGGAUACCAUAGAAGGCACCAUAUAUAUCUCUCUCUAUAUAUAAAUGUUCAUUGUAAUUUAUAAUUACCACUUAUAUAAAAAUAAUGAGCAAAUGACUUGAUUGAAAUGAAGAAAUAUACAUUUUCUAACACUCACCAUCGGUGAAAAUCCCCUUUUGCUGGAGUUAGAUGCCAAAUGAAGCCCCAAUGUUUGGCACUCCUUAAACUAUCUUAAAUGCAAAAUUUGAAAGUGCCAAUUGGCCUUCUAGGCUUCUAGCACCACCGAAGGAGGUUUUGCUCCAAUUAGGGCUGUUAAUAGCUUCGUUUUGGUUAUAAUCGUAAUCGUUUAGUUGACUAUCGGUUAAUCAUUAAGAAAUUUGUGCUUACCAUUAACUAUGCCGCUUAUAUUAUUUGGAUAACAGUAACUGUAUAGCCGGUUAUCGGUGAUUUUAUCGUUUAAUCGGAUAACCAUUAAGCAUGUGAUUCGGCGAGGUUAGAUCAAAAUAACAUAUCGAUAACAUAACCAAUAGAAAACCUCCUCCUUUUCUAUUGUGUUAUUCUCUUAAUCUUUAUCAUUGAAUAAAAAUAAUUUCACAUAGAUAGCAAUCCAUAAUUAACUCAAUCCAACUCAAGUGCACAAUACCAGCAUUCUUCCGUCAAAUUUAAUUAAAGAAGCAGACAAGCAUAAGAGACCAACAACAAUUAUUCAACUCGUAAAUCCCACCAAAUUACAUGGAAGGUUGAAUGUUGUUGAUUGUUGUCGAGUUACUUUACGAAAGUCCAUCUUUCUAUAUGUGCUCCUUCAUACUCAUCCUUGAAAUUAUUCCCCUUUGAAUCUAAGCCACUAUUACAAUGAGGGUAGAGAAGGGAUCUUCUAUCCCUUCAAACAUCUCAUUAUUUUUUGCCCAUGCCGAACGGCUCAUCGAGGCUAAAUAUUGUCAACCCUAACUGUGAGGAUGGUCGUAAUCGAUUAGUCGGUUACUAACCAUUUAACUGUCAUUCAGUAAUCUGCCAAAUUUGGCUAUGGGGAACCGAUUAGGGCUGGGAAAGUAGACUAGACCAUUUGAAAAACCAUGGUCCAAAUCGGACCGCACAGUUUGGUUCGGGCCGUAGUCCGUUAAGUAUGGUUUGGUCUAUGGUCUGUAUUAUAUGAUGCUUUGAUUUCUUGGUAUGGUGUGGUCUAGACCGUGGUUUACUGGACAAAACCGUGGACCCAACAAACUUCUCAAUAUAUGUUAGCAACCACUCGACCACUCUGCAAACUCCCACAACGAUACCCAAGUCUCAAUCUUAAUUUUGAGAAUCUCGUCCCCUCCUUCAUUCACAACCACAUUUCACUAGAGAGUAGAGACGAUCAUGUCUCCAUAUGACAUUAUGUAAAUGUUUAUGACAUUAUGGUGCAAGUUUUGAUGUUUUGAUUUUGUAUCUUUAUUAUUUACUGAGAUUUAUGGUGUCAAACUUAUCCAUGCAUGUAGGAAUUUAUGUUUUAAGGAAAUAAAACAUUUUUUCUUGGCUAUUGGUUCAAUUUUUUGUGCAGUUGACUAAUUAAAUUGUUCAUUUUUUGUUCACUGCGGUCUAUCUGGACCAAACCAUACUGGACCAAACCGCACAGGAGUGGUCUGGUCUGGACCGUAUAGUCUUAGGUCUAUACUCUAACCUCUCGGUCUGGACCGUAAACCGCAGACCGCAUAUAUGGUCUGCUCUGAACCAGACCGCACUGUUUCCCACCCCUAGAACCGAUCCUUAACUUUCAAUCACUUAUUAGUGUAACGUUUAACUGUUGGUUCUGAUUUGAUGAUUUGUUACACCUUUAAUAGGAUAAUAAUUGUUUAACACCUCUAGCUCCAAUGGGGAGUGCUAGAAUGCCAAAAUCUCCAAAUUUCACAUUUUUCAAUAAUCUAGCUUAAUGUAGAUUUCAUCAUUUUAAUUAGAGAAUUUGCGCAUUGUUUUUAUAUAGGUACUAAUAAUUUAUUAAUGCAAAUAUUUUGGUAUAACUACUGGUUUGGAUGUUAAAAAUUUUGCAGUUGAAUAUGAUGUCAUCAAUAUAAUGAAGAAAACACAAUAAGUGGUUUAGAUAAUCAUAUAUUCAUCACAUGAAUUACCUAUCUAUUCUUGAUGUAUUUACGUUUGCCUUAUAUUUACGUAUUUUUCACGUCACCGCCUCCGUGCAGCGCAUCGCAUUAUGUUGUUGAUGGGGUCUGCGAGUUUUGGCUCUACUUAUCUUCUUGUGUGCCAAAUCUAACCCUAAAGAUGGAUUUUUUUUGUGCAUUUUGGUACUUUGAUCUUGCCAUUGGAGUCCCCUUAUUUAGCAUUUUGGUGUUUUGGCUCUAGGAUUGGAGAUGGUCAUAACUCAUAACCAUGUGUCCUCCAUCUAUCUACUUGUAUAUUGAAAAUUUAACCUUAUUCUAAGAUUUGUGGUAAGACGCUACCGUAUCAAGAAACCGCACAUCUUUCCGAUGUAAUUUUUCAUCUACCUAAAGUGAGAUCUUAUGCACAUCUUAACAGAAUCCGCAUCAUAACAAACACGAAAUUGGCCUCAUUACUCAAAUAAUUAAUGAUAGUUGAACCUCAAUCGUUGCACCAUUCAUCGCCAACAACUUCACGUGUGAUUGCACUCAUAAACAGUGUACACUACUAAUCGGUACUUUCUGGAGGGGAAUACUCAUUGUAAAGUUAGUGACCUUUAUGUGAUAAGAACAGGGUCGGGAUGGUAUAGCAACAGCAGAAACAAACAGGAUCCACCAAACUCAACGUCGUGGGACGAUUCAUGGCAUUAAGUGAACAUUAUGGCUGGAAUUGAGGGCCCAAAUCAAAACAAAGGCAUAGAUAAACAAAAAAUCAAGAACCACUAAAAAAAUCGAGGGCAUAUAGAUCGCAAAGUAGUCACACAAAUAUACCAAUCUUUGGUCAGCUGUGUUCCCAUGAUGGAGCAUUUAGUAUUAUGGUGGCCAUGUAUACGAGGAUAAAUUCAAAGGGUGAGCAACCAAUGAUAGUAUCAUUUCAAGGAAGGAUGGAAGUCAGUAUUCUCGAGUAGAUAUAGUUAGGUAGGUCAAUGUGUUGUAGAAACUAACUAGUCAGGGUUGAGUAACGAUCAGGUUAGAUUCAUUUCAGAUCAUAAAUAUGCGAGAUUAGUAGAUUGGAAUCCAAGUCUACACUACGGAGACUAUGUCAUAUUGUCUACGAUGAAGAUAAAACUAUGUAUGUCUG